AUGAAGCUGAAGAUAAUUCCUCCACGGCGACCCGAUAUCGUAACCGACGACGAGAUUGUUGCCGUCGAAGUACUCAUGAUGCUUGCUUCCGGCAAAGACUUCUCUUCACCACCAUCCGAUUCCCAAACCACCACCAAUAGAAGUGAUGCCGCCUCCGAUCAGAACCGUAGCGGCAGGGCCCACGAGUGUUCAAUAUGUCACAAGGUAUUCUCGACCGGGCAGGCACUCGGCGGCCACAAGACCACUCACCGGAAUACGAUUAAAUUCAAGUCCUCACACGGCGGCCCCCCAUGCAACUCCCCCACCCCCAUCCCCGCCCCAAAGACCGUGAUCUCGAUCAACGAUAAUAUAUCUUUGAAGAAGCGAAAACGCAACAACAACUCCGAUUCCUCGGACGAAGCUGCAUCUACAUGGGUCGCACGAAGCAUCGACUUGAAUCUCCCACCGGAGCCUGAAUUUUCUCCAAGCGCGGCAAUUAUCUGA